AGUUCGGCCAAAUUAUUGAUAUGUUUAUAUUUUUCUUUCGCAUCAAAUGUGUUGAUUCAAUCCUGUUCAAUGCACCGUACACUUGUGUUCCUUUUUUUACUGGCUUUCAAAGGUAUUCUAUCUCAAAGCGACAGCUGUUCUGCGAAUGGCAAGAAGAGCAAACUUUGUGACAGUUCUUCACAAAAUGAAUGGAGCCCGCAAAAAACUAACAAAUACUUAUUGUAUGAUGUAAAUCCUGGAGAAGGUUUUAAUUUAAGGAGAGAUGUGUAUAUGCGAGUUGCUACCGUUGUAAAGAUAUUGAAUCAACAAGACAAGCUAAAUCAUUGGACAUUAGUUUUGCCACCUUGGGGACCUUUAUAUCAUUGGAAAACAAAGAAUAUUGGUUUUCAAGCUCAGUUACAGUGGUCAAGAUUUUUUGAUGUUCCUAGUCUUGCAAAAUAUGUUCCAGUUGUAGAAUUAGAAGACUUCUUAAAUGAUUAUGGUUCUAGUGUGGAUGCUCUGUACUAUUUGCAAAAUUAUGCCGAAGGCUGGACUGAUGUUGGCUGGGAAGAAAAAUACCAUUUUCGAGAUUGCGUGGAGUCUCCCCCUUACAAGCACACUGUAGAGGGUAAUUUUAUUGGAUGGUUUUGGGGUUAUGAUGAUAUUUCUGCAAAGAAGUUUCACUGCUUAUCCAUUCAAGGUUACAGCAGUACUUUAGCAAAGUUCUUGAUGUCCAGGAAUGAAAGUGCCAUUAUGAUUGAUCGUGCUGAAGUUAUUCUACAUGAUACAUUUGGUGAUGCCGAAUACUGGUUGGUUAGGAGGAGCAUGGUUUUUUCUAAAAAACUUACAGAAUUAGGUGAUGUGUUCAGAAAAUUCUACUUAAAUUCAUCUGACAAAGUAGACAAAACUGAAAAAAAAUCUGUUUCUAAUCGUGCCCAUCGCACUGCUGUUGGUGGUCCGUAUGUUGCUGUGCAUUUACGAAGGCGAGAUUUUGUGUCUGCUAGACCAAAAGAAGUUCCAUCAAUGAAAUGGGCAUCUGAGCAAAUUUUGAAGUAUCUGAAAAUGUACAAAUUGCAGAAGGUUUUUGUGGCUUCCGAUGCAUCUGAAUCUGAAUUUCUCGAGUUGAAAAGUUACAUUCCCGAUGCUAUACAAUUUGUUCCUACCCUAAAUGUACAUAGGGACAUUUUAGAUGGUGGUGUUGCUAUUGUGGAUCAAUGGAUUUGUGCUCAUGGAAGGUUUUUCAUUGGCACGUUUGAGUCUACUUUUUCUUUUCGUAUUCAAGAGGAGCGUGAAUUAUUAGGUUUUAAAGCUGAAACAACCUUUAACAGAUUAUGUGGAGACAAUCAAACCUCAUGCCAACAACCUUCAAAAUGGACGAUUGUAUAUAAAUAAAGUUAU